AUGCAUAAGCCUAUUAUAAUAGAGGCAACUACUAUUAAUCUUAAUAUUUUAGGCAAAUUAUAUGAAAAUAUUGGUGAUAAAUCCAAAGCAUUAAAUGACUAUAAUCAAGCAAUCCGAUUUGAUCCAAAUAAUGAAUUAGCCUAUAUUAAUAGAGGUGAAUACUAAUAUUUUCAAUUAAAGGCUUUUUAUAUCAAGUUAUAGGUUAAAUUGAGAGAGCCUUAUUUGAUUAUUCUUCAGCUAUCCAACUUAAUCCAAAAUAUUCUCAAGCCUAUAUAAAUAGAGGUAAUCAUUAAUAAAUUGUUAUUUUAGGCAAUAUUUAUAACUGUAUUUUAGAGAUUGAGAGGGCAAUAUGUGACUAUAAUCAAGCAAUCCAACUUGAUCCAAAAAAUCCAAAACCCUAUACAAAUAGAGGUAAAUAUUAAUCAAUAUAAUAUAUUAGGAUUAUUAUAUUCUAGUUUUGGUGAAAAAGAAUAAGCAUUAAAUGAUUUUAAUUAAGCAAUAAAACUUAACCCAAUAGAUGUAAAAGCCUUUUUAAAUAGAGGUAAUUAAAUCAGAUAGUUAUAUUAGGAAAUUUAUAUAACAGUAUUGGUUAAAAUGAGAGAGCAUUAAAUGAUUACAAUAAAGCAAUCUUACUUGAUUCAAAAUGGACAAAAUCCUACUUCAUAAGAGGUACUUUAACUUAAUAUAUAUUAGGUAAUUUAUCUAAAAAUUUUGUGAAGAAAGAAAAACCAUUAAAUGACCUUAAUCAAGCCAUUCAACUUGAUUAAAAAGAUGCUAUUGCUUUAACUAAUAGAGGUGAAUAAUAUCACACAUAAUAUUUUAGGAUAUUUAUAUCAAAUUAUUGGCGAGAAUGAAAAAGCAUUUUCUGAUUAUAAUAAAGCAAUUCAAAUUGACCCAAAAUAUGCAAAAGCCUAUUGCAAUAGAGGUGAAUAUUGUCACACAUAAAUAUUAGGCUAUUUAUAUCAAGUUAUUAAUCAAAAUGAGAAAGCCCUAUAUAAUUAUAAUCAAGCAAUCUAAAUUGAUCCAAAAGAUUCAGCAGGGUAUUUGUAUAGAGGUGAAUAUUAUUACACAUUUUAUAUUAGGCGUAUUAUAUAGUAAGAUUGGUUAGAAGGAAUAACUUCNCAAUAAAGCAUUAAAUUUAAAUUGUUUAAAACAAUUAACUGAAUUAAAUAUUACAAAAUGUUAAAAAAUUUAAAUAAGAGUUAUUACAAGAUUAUACUGAGGCAAUAAAAGAUAAAGAUGAAUAAGAAACAUAAUUGAACUUUACAAAAGAAGAUCGAAAUAUUUUGAUUCAUCAAGAUAGAAAUUAAAUAUAAGUAUUAUUACUUGAAUUUAAUAAACCUGAAAAUGUACAUAAAAUAACUUACUACCAAUCUUUAUUUUGGAGGCUUUAAAAUUUCUUAAAAGUUAUGUAAUAAAUCUCUACAGAUUUACUUUAAAAAAACCAAAAUGCCGUUAUUGAAUAUAACUCAGAAAAAGUAUUAAAUAUUGUUAAAAAUACUUCGAACAUUGGAUCAAUACCUUACAUUGAAAAUGCCUUUUAAAUAACAAAUGCUGCCCUAGAUCAUGCAAUUGAUUAAAGGAAUGUGAGUAAAUUUAAUACAAGAGUAAGAAUUCUAAAUUAAAUACUAAAUUUUUUUGCAAUUAAUCCAUAACAAUUAGAAAUUGAAGUGCAAAUGGCAGCUAUUUGUUUGGGAGAUUAGCAAAAGCCUAAUGUAAAAUAAAGAAAAUAAACAACUUUUAGUUAAACAGUUGACGAGCUGUUAAUAAAAGAAAGUAGUACUUCAGGAUUAUUUAAAGAUAUAUACUGGAUUUGUGGAAUAGAAGAUACUUUUAUUAUUUUAAGCUAUUUAGAAAAAAACUAAGAAAAAAUAUUAUAAGAAAAACGGAAAAAGCUAAGGGAGAUAUUUGAAAAUGCAGUCAAAUCAUAUUGUUAUUUACCUUAAAAUAAAGCUGAAAAUGUGGAUACAGGUUGUUCAUCAACAUGUUAAUUGAUUUGA